AUGCUAAUCUUAUUUCACACUGAAAUGCUGUACGUGCAACUUUGUGCAAUAAUAAAUAUUUUUAAACUUGAUAGCUUACUUAAAAUCAAAACUUCUACUCAUGUCGUAAAUGGAAGUGAAAUUUAA